AUGCCUCAAUGGGACAAGCGCGCCAGACAGCGAAGAAGCAACCAGUCUCGUUGGCGUCGGGAACCAUGGGAGACGCAGGAAGUCGCUUCACCGUUAAGUUGGCUCUGCUUGCCUGCGCGUGUGCUAGCGUGCUUUGGCUCACCUCCGAGCGAAGAGCUCGCUGAGUCGGCGCAGCCGCCCGACGACAUUGUGCCUUGGGAGGACUCCGAAACCGCCGACUCGUCUUCUCAAAGCAGUUUUGGUGGCUCUGAUGAAGGUGCGCGCCAAGAGCUUGCGUGCCGUACGCGAGCGGAGAAAGUGGACGGCAACGGCGCUGGCACCGAGAACGACCAGGAUGAGCAACUAUCCGUCGAGCUGGACGCGCUUCGUCGACGUCGCUCCUUCUCGGCCACGAGCUUCCACUUGCCAGCUGUAUCCCGUCCAACAGCGGCAGGUAGCAUUGUCGACAUACCGUCAGAGCGUCCACAGACCGCGCAACGCAGAGAACGUCAACGUAUCGUGGGCAAGUUGGCGCUCGUUGGGCUCGGUACUCAGCUUCUGCUGCUCAGCUUGAAGUUGUACAGAUUUGAAUCGCUCUCACCAGCGUAUCUCGUUUUUUCCGUCGCGUUUUUCGUGUUCAGCGGAGGACUUGCUUUCCUGAGUCUCCACUACUUUAAAAUGGGGCGCCUGCCACCUUUUCUGGAUGUGGCUGCAAAACGGCGAGAAGCGUCGCACAACCGUUCGUGUGGGACAAGCCCGGCCCGCUCCAACACCGACUCGACGAUGCGUACGCUGAGCGGAGCGGGUUCGGCGUUCAGUACUCCAACGGCGGACAGAUCGCCAUGCACGCCCAAGUCUCGAAUUGCCUCGCGCUCUCGAGAGUACGCUCAAAGCUUCCAAGAAAAAGGCGAUGCGCAGGUCGUCAGAACGUCAUUUGACUCGCGAUCAAACCGACGAAUCUUCUCAGUGCUGGGUGUCGAGAGCUCGCAGUCAUUUUGCGAGCAACAGGGGUGCAGUACAAGAAUGCCGAGCAAGAGUCGACCGGCAGCGAUACGAAUCGACGUUACCAGCGAGCGUACCGCGGCAACAUCAGCGAGCGAUGACGCAGUUAGUGCGGACAACAUCGCCGUGUCCGUCAGAGAGCCGUCCACGCUCUCUGAUGCCGAUGCUGAUCAUACAGAGCAUGGUAUCGAGAAGCGUCGCGGCACCUUCCGCGAAAAGCCCGGCCAGCGAGGCACGCCCGGUGUUCGCGCUGCUGUUGCCGAAACCCAGCGACGACAUGUGCAGCGGGCGACAGAAACUCGUAGCGCCGGCGCACCGGCCUUGCCGGUACCAGACGCUUCGGACCAGAUGAGAGCUGGCGCAUCCUUAGAGCAACGGCGUCGAUCCCGCGAGGCAUCCUCUCUGUCAGACGACGGAACGCCUCCCGAAGUGCAAAUUGAGUCACUGCGUAUUGUAGAGAGUUGGGAGAAGAUGCGUAUAACAGCAAAGAAGGAAAUCUUAGCGGAAGAUUUUUGCGAGGGAAUGCUCAGUCUAUUGAGCGUCAUCGAUGCAUUGGGUCCCGCUUUUCGAAUCAUCAAAAUCGACAUUCGAAAUCAUGUGAAUGGGAUCCACCGCAGCUGCACGAAACACAACUGCCGCACCCUGCAGCGCCUCAUUGAUGCAGAGUCGAAUCGGGUAUCACGCUGGUUGAAUCCAUCGGGCAUUGGCGAUGGUACGGAACAUGUGCUCUGGAUGAAACGGGCCAUGCAGUUUGUGUACAUGCUGUUGUACAUGUUUUUGGAUGGCAUCGAUUUAGACCGGUGUGUAUACCAUGCAUAUCGCAUGACGCUGCGAGCCUGUCACCCGUACAUUGUCCGGAAAGUAGCGGAGAACCUGCACCGCUUCGUCCCUACCAGAGCUGGCUUUUUGCGCAGAAUCCACGCAGAUGAGGACUUUGUUUUAACGCAAAUGCGGCGAUUCUUGAAGGCAAUCGAACCGCGUCUUGAUAUUAUCGUUGAGGUAUUCAACGCAAACCAGCUGGAACCGCACUGUCGAUUCUCAUGCGCAGAAUUGCGCCGGCUGGCACAGCACUGUGCAAAAUAUGAUAUCGACGAGGAUAUGACGCAGUGA